AUUCCCCCACCAACCGGUCAACAUACAACCACCUCUGAUCAACUGUUUAGUACUCUAUCUCAGACUGUUCCACUUUCUGAUCGAAAAUGAUGCAUCACCAUCGAAACUGCAAGGUAGCUGCGGAGAUUCUGCGCGACCUCUACGAGUCCUGGCUGAUCGUGGUCGCCGGGAUGUUCGUCAACUGGAACCACUGGCGCCUGCUGGCCUACGAUCCGCUGUCGCCGCUGGAUCCGCUGAGCAAGUUACCCAUGGGCGAGAACCAGCGCUGGGCGGGACUCUUCUUCGGCUGCGGCGUGAUCCUGGCCAUUCUGCAGUACCGGCCGCGCUGGGUCCGCCGGUGUCGCCACCGCGUCAGCCUGCUGAUGGUGCUGGCCGAGCUCGUGCUGGUGCUCCAGCUGACCGAGUGGACGGACCGCCAGCUGUGGCAGCCCUUCCUGGGCAUCGUGCGCGAGCUGUUCCUCGCCCUGGGAGGCGCCCAAUGGGGCUCCUGGAUCUUCGCCCACUUGCCCGCGGCGCGAUCCCUGCUCCUGAGUGGCGUCGCCUUCGACUUCUUUCGCCUGUUUGCCUCCUUCGCCAUCUUCAUCGCCGCCUUCGACUCCACGGCAGGCUGCUGGCGGGUGUCCGUGGAGUUCCUGCUGAUCGGCUACCUGCCGGAGACCUCAAUCAGGAGCCAACUCAUCCAGGAGAAGCACCGGAAGAGGUGUCUCGAGCGAACCAGGAAGGGCCUUCUGCCCACUCCGUCGCCCGAGAGCCUCAUUUACAAGCGCUUGUGCUACAUCUGUAUGCAGAAGAUGAACUCGGAGCACCUUGAUCCGGGAACCUCGGGGCUCUAGCAAACCCUAGGCCCGAGAACGAAAGCCAAUCAACCCACAAAAAAUUAAACGUUCCAAAAACAUGUUUGAAAGACACACCCCCACCCAAGGACACUCGGUUCCUUUCUUUAACUUGUGAUAACCUUAUUAUUUAAAAUAAAUUUUGUUGAGU